AGUGUCAAAUCCCUAACAAAGAUACCACCGUUGUGUCAUCACCAUCACUUAAAAGUGUUGAAACAAUUUUACUUUAAUGAUAUUAUCUUUACUUCAUUAUUUUCGUUAUAGUGUCUUAAUGUGACACAACGUAAAAUGGUGAAUCAGUAUGCUUCCAUUAUUCCAAAUAGUAACUUGUUCUAGAGGUCAAAGGAAUAUGUCAGAAGGACCCCCAAAACCUAGAAGAAAAAAAAUUGAUGUUCCAGUCCAUAGAGCUAUUCAGGAAACAAAUAAUGACCAUAAUAAAAUAAAAACUUUUUCUGGAAAUUUUCAUUCCAGCAAAUAUUGCAAAAAUCAAGAAAUUACUUCAAAAGCCAUUAUUAAAGAUGAAGAUCCCAUUCACACCGAAAUUAUACUUGAAACAGUAGAACCUAACACAGGUUCAAAAUUAUCUAGAAGACACUUAGUUAAAGAAAAUUACCGGUUACUAGAAGAAAAUAGAGAAUUGAGCUCCAGAUUUAAUGAACUAGAAGGUCUCUCCGUUAACAAAAUAACCAAGCUUAGAGAAAAAGUAAAUUUACUUCAACUGGCCAAUUCGCACUUUAAAAAAGAUAUCGAAGAGUUAGAAGAAAAUUAUGAACAGGUAUUAUAUGAAAACAACGCAUUGAAAAUCGAAUUAGAGAAGUUAAAAAUAUGUAAAAAAUGUGAGGAAUAUAGGAACGAAAUAGCCAAAUGUAAUUCUGAUAAUGAAAAGGUUCUUAAUGAAAACGAAAUAUUAAAAGCAAAGAGGAAAGAAUUUACUGAAGAUUUAGCUAUAUUAAAUCUACAAUUGGAAAAGUACCAAGAACUUUUACGAACAAAUAACAUACCCAAACCAGUUGUAGAAUCGUACCACAAACGAGAUGUCCUAGAAUCUUCCAGUAGUAAAGAAAUCCUCUCAGAAGUACAUCGAGAUCAUAAACAUAUACCAGUUAUUUGGGGAAAUGUAAACAGACACACUUUAGGGCCCCUAUUAGACGCGUACGAAGAUUCUGUUAAAGAGAAGGAUGAAAUAAUUGAAGAAUAUGAAAUAGAAAUGAGCAAGUUUACAGGAAAAGUAAAAGAAAUUAUUGAAGAAAAUGAAAGCUUGUACAGAAGACUUAACGAAGAUGAAACUUGCAGUUCCAAACUAGCGAUAGAAUUAGAGAACUCAAAAAGGGAGUUGAAAAAUACGAGAGAACAAAAUGACGCGCUUAUUAAGAAAUGCUCAUUGAAACAGGAUAAAUUAGAGGAAGUUUUAAAGAUAUACGAAGCAAAAGUUUUCAGAAAAUUAGAAGCUAAACAACUUGAACUAGAACAUAACUUAAAUGGAGUACAUUUAUCUCGAACAGCUCUUAAAAAACAAUUACAUAAGGCUAUGGAGUUUGCAAAAGAAAUGGUGGCAGAGCAGGAACAAUUGUUAAAAGCUUUGAAUCUAAGGCAGCAAGAAAAUAAGGUUGUCAGAAAACUUGGUUCGGACAUGGCGACUAAGAUGGAUAUGCUUAGAAAUCAACUAAAGGAUGUACAGAAAAACGCUUGGCAAGAAUUUGCUACCGUAGAACAGACGAUCCAAGAUCAAGCUCAGACUAUAGAAGUUAUGAAAGAUCAAUACGAGAAAGAAAUAGAAGAUUUAAGAAAAGUUGUAGCUAAAUACGAAGAAGUAAAAGACAGCAAUAUUGUGCUCAGACCUGAAAACUUACAAAUGGCGCAUUAUUUUUUGUUAAAAAAUAAGUACAAAUAAAUUUCAAUUAUUAAUAAUGUUGUAACAAUUUAUGCUUAUAUCGGACAUUUGUAAGAAAUUUUUAUAUUGAUUUCUGUUAUAAUAAAAAUACUAUUUGUACCUA